AUGUCGGAAAAAUCGGAUCACAUAACAUUGACACUCAAUGAAUCGUCCUCAUCAUCGUCAUCAGCUGGGCUUUCCGGAAGUCGUAACAAAAGUCUCAGGCGUUCAUGGAAUCAAUUGCCACGAUGUCAACGAAAUCUAAUCAUUUUAAUUAUUGCGGCCAUGUGUAUAAGUUUUGUAUUCCUACUGCCAUCAGAUUUAGUAGCAAAGAAUGGUGUAAAUUUGGAUACAAAUGGUUUACCCUUCACAGGCCAAGCUGCCGUUAGACGAAAUAAUUUAGGAGAGGGUCACAGCGACGAUAAAGUAAUUUCUUCACAAGGCAAUGCAGGUGAUUUAUCGCACACUAAUUUGGAGCAGAAUAUUUUACCGGCACCAGCACCGCAAAAACAAGAACCACAACCGCAAUCAGAUAUUGAAAAUGUUGUCAAUAUUCCGCAAACCCAAAGAGAACCACAACAGCCACAACAAGAACAUUUAAAUAUUAAGCCCAUAGAAACAGCACAACUUGCCAGUAUACUUAAUAAUGAUUUGAACAACGAAAAUAAUAUAAAUCCCAAACAUUCAAAUAAUCCCGAUGAAGAUCGUACCUCCAUAGAGGCUGCCCUACAAGAUCCCACGGCACUGCCAGCAUCGAAUGGUGUAACAAUUGAAGAAUUUUUGGGUCGUAUAGAUUUGAAACAUUUGCCGCAAAAGCAACAUUUUCACGGACCGAAUAAUGAACGACAAGAAGCUGUGGUCAAUGCAUUCCGUCACUCAUGGGAAGGUUAUAAAAAAUAUGCAUGGGGUCAUGAUAAUUUGAAACCCAUAUCUGAAUCAUCGUAUGAUUGGUUUGGUUUGGGACUAACAAUUAUCGAUUCAUUGGAUACCAUGUAUAUUAUGGGAUUGGAAGAUGAAUUUGUGGAAGCUCGUAAUUGGGUCAAUGAAUUUUUAAAUUUCGAUGUUAAUCGUGAUGUAAACUUAUUUGAAGUUACAAUCCGUAUCCUGGGAGGAUUAUUAUCUGCAUAUCACUUAAGUGCCGACAAAGUUUUUCUUAAAAAAUCGAUUGAGUUGGGUAAUCGUUUAUUGCCUUGUUUUCUAUCGCCAUCUGGUAUACCAUACUCCGAUGUGAAUUUAGCAGCAUUAUCAGCUCACGCUCCUAAAUGGUCACCAGAUAGUUCGACCAGUGAAGUAACCACAAUCCAAUUGGAAUUUAGAGAUUUAAGUCGCCUCACCAAUGUUACCCUCUAUGAAAGUGUUGCACAUCGCGUUAACGAAAAGGUACAUGCCCUCGAAAAGAAUAAUGGUUUGGUUCCGAUAUUCAUAAAUGCCAAUACUGGAACAUUUAGAAAUUAUGCCACCAUUUCGCUGGGUGCCAGAGGGGAUUCAUACUAUGAAUAUCUGGUAAAACAAUGGAUACAAACUGGCCACAAAGGAAAUGAUUUCUUGGUUUCGGACUAUAUACAAGCCAUCGAUGGUGUAUUCUCGCAAUUGCUAAAACGAACUCCAAAAGAAAAUCAUGUCUAUAUAGGUGAAUUAAUUAAUGGCAAAGAAUUUAAACCAAAAAUGGACCACUUAACAUGUUAUCUACCCGGUACAUUGCUGCUGGGUCAUCAUUAUGGUAUGCCUGAUUCACAUUUAUUACUCGCUAAGGAUCUAUUGGAGACUUGCUAUCAAACCUAUAUGAAACAGCCAACACAAUUAGCUCCAGAAAUUUCCUAUUUUGCUUUGACCGAAAGUGAAGAACUCGACAUUUAUGUUAAGCCAAAUGAUGCCCACAAUCUACUAAGGCCAGAAUUUGUCGAAAGUCUGUAUUAUUUCUAUGCAUUGACUGGGAAUCGUACAUAUCAGGAUAUGGGUUGGAAUAUAUUCCAGGCUUUCGAGAAAUAUACUAAAGUAGCUCAUGGCUAUUCAUCGAUUGGUAAUGUUAAGAAUAUAUUUAAUACACGACCACGUGAUAUGAUGGAAAGUUUUUGGUUGGGCGAAACCUUAAAGUAUUUCUAUCUACUCUUUAGUAAUAAUCCCAAAGAAAUAGAUUUAGAAAAAUGGGUAUUUAAUACGGAGGCUCAUCCCCUGCCCAUAAGAGAAAAUUAAUUUAACAAUAUUAA